AUGGCCGGGGGAAGUUUUGGAGCUCAUGCCGAAAACCCAGUCGUUGAGGGUAUGAUACCUAUCUCUCACUCUUUUGCACGAGUUUUGUUCGACACUGGUGCUACGCACUCUUUUGUUUCCACUUCUUUUGUGAAUGUUUUGGGUUUGAAACCCGAUGAUCUAGAUAUUUCAAUGUUCAUAAACUCUCCACUGAGGUGUGUGGAGGUGACUAGCAUAUGUAGGUUGUGUGUGAUCACGAUUGUAAAUGAGAAAUUAAAGGCAGAUUUGAUAAUCCUUCCCAUGAAUCAGUUUGAUGUAGUGCUUGGCAUGGAUUGGUUGUCAAGAUAUGGGGCGAUUGUUGAUUGCCACCGUAUGAGAGUUACCUUGACUACCGGUUCUGGCACGAUAGUAACGUAUCAGGGAGAGGGUGAAUUCGGUAUCGCUAGGGAGAAUGUUGAGGUCCCCGUGGUCGAUGAAUAUGCGGAUGUAUUCCCUAAUGAGUUGCCUGGUUUACCCCCUGACCGAAAAAUUGAGUUUUGCAUCGACUUACUUCCGGAAACGGCUCUGAUUUCUAUUGCUCCGUAUCGAAUGACGCCCGCGGAGAUGAAAGAGCUAAGGAAACAACUCGAAGAGUUGGCAUAA